AUGUCUGUACCUACCAUUUACAUCCUGUACAACGCAAAGGCUUCUGUCUUGGGCAAACUCGGCUACGCCUAUCGCAAGAUCAACACAUCUGCGGACUGCGAUUCUGCCUGCGCCGCUUGCGACCUGACUCACGGAGGCUUACGCUUGAACGAAUCAACACAGUGGAAGGAGGCCAAGGCCCGCAUCAACGCAAAUAUCGAGCAACUGCACCAGGACGAGGUUACUGACGAGCUCAAGGCCUUCAUGAGCCGCGACAGCCUCCGCUAUCCUGUCGUCCUUGCUCGAGCAAACGAAGGGCCCUUGAAGCUGCUUCUCGACUCUCAAGCCCUGAACACUGUGUCUAAAGACCACGAAGCAUUCUUGAAGUCGCUUCUCUCAAGUGCCGAGCAGAACGACAUCCCUCUGCAGCUUACCGAGGGAUCCGCACAACCAUCUUCGCUGUAG